AUGUCACAUUUUGCCCAAUUAGCUUUGUUUUAAGAUAAUAAGCAAAAAUAAAAUCAAUUAUCAGGGGUCAUUAUAAAAAUGCAUUCAGUCAAAAUAAAGGAGCCUUAAUUACAUCAAAAAUACUAAAUGGUUUCCUAGGAGGUGAUAAUGGAAGUUGCUUAAGGGAUACUAUUUACACUUUAUCAGGAUAUACAUGGAGUUCCAUAGGGUAUUCAAUAAACCUUGAGAUAUUGUAAAAGUAUGAAAUAAAUACCAUGA